UUGGCUGACGCGGCAGUUUCCGGUGAGAGCGAGGAAGAGACACCCGGAGGGGGAGGCCCAGAGCACCGGGGAUUACCGGGGAAACACCGAGUCCGACACCGACUGCACCGCCCGGGGACAGCCAGCACUCACACCCGGGACAGGAACACGAUAGUCAUGGCAUCCUGCAGCAGCGAGGAGGAUCGCAGCCUCCGAGAGUGUGAACACUAUGUCCAAAAACACAACAUUCAGCAGCUCCUCAAGGACUGCAUCGUCCAGCUGUGCACCUCCAGACCAGAACACCCUAUGGCCUUUCUGCGGGAGUACUUUGAGCGCCUCGAGAAGGAAGAGAUUAAGCAGACAUUAAAUCAGCAGAAAUCUGGCUCUCGCUCUGACUCUCGUGAGGAUGAGAUCUCUCCUCCGCCCCCCAUGAACCCAGUAGUAAAGGGAAGGAGGCGCCGAGGGGCUAUCAGUGCAGAGGUUUAUACAGAGGAAGAUGCUGCUUCUUACGUGCGCAAGGUCAUCCCUAAAGAUUACAAGACCAUGGCUGCUUUGGCUAAAGCCAUUGAGAAGAAUGUUCUGUUUGCUCACCUGGAUGACAAUGAGAGAAGUGAUAUCUUCGAUGCAAUGUUUUCUGUUACCUACAUAGCCGGGGAGACUGUCAUUCAGCAGGGAGAUGAAGGAGAUAACUUCUAUGUUGUCGACCAGGGUGAAAUGGAUGUCUAUGUGAGCAAUGAAUGGAUGACCAGUAUUGGAGAGGGCGGCAGCUUUGGAGAACUUGCUCUGAUUUACGGUACUCCCAGAGCCGCUACCGUAAAAGCCAAAACCAAUGUAAAGUUGUGGGGAAUAGACAGAGACAGCUAUCGGAGAAUCCUUAUGGGAAGUACACUGAGGAAACGAAAGAUGUAUGAAGAAUUCCUGAGCAAGGUGUCCAUUCUGGAAUCCCUUGAUAAGUGGGAACGUCUGACUGUAGCAGAUGCGCUGGAGCCAGUACAGUUUGAGGACGGGCAGAAGAUCGUGGUGCAAGGUGAACCAGGAGAUGAAUUCUUCAUAAUCCUAGAGGGUACAGCCGCAGUGCUGCAGCGACGCUCUGAGAACGAGGAGUUUGUGGAAGUGGGCCGGCUGGGUCCUUCUGAUUACUUUGGGGAAAUAGCCUUAUUAAUGAACCGGCCUCGCGCCGCUACAGUGGUCGCUCGUGGACCCCUGAAAUGUGUCAAGCUCGACAGGCCACGCUUUGAGCGGGUCCUGGGGCCAUGCUCAGACAUCCUGAAACGAAACAUCCAGCAGUACAACAGCUUCGUCUCCCUGUCUGUCUGAAUUACGUUUCCUUCCCUGGGUCCCCAUCCCUCCCACCACGCCGCUUCACCUACGCAGCUUCUCCUCCACAAUGUCACAGCUGUGUGAAAACCCCAAAUAUGCUCCUCUUCCCCUCCCCCACCUUACUUUUUUAUGUUUCCUCUUCGCCCUUUUUGGCUGUAAGGGGAUUGCGGUACAGUUUACCUAGUACCUGACUGAACUAACCUCGGUGAUAAUGAGUUAUUAACUGGUGCUGAAGUCUCCUUGUUGGGAGAAAUAUCCUUUGUGAGUGUCUGAAAAUAUUUGCCUUGUUGAAUACUGCUUUUCCCUUCAUCCUGUUAUUUUCACUGUCCGCAGUCCAUGGAGAGUUGUAUAUAUUGCCGUUUUGUUUUUAAAGGUUAAUGCCACAAUCCAUUUGAAUUAAGAAGCACUUUUGCCUUCAAAUAGGAUUUUGACAAGAAGCAUUUUAAAAGCGUCAGAUUUAGGGGAAAAGUGGAAGAUACAGUAAUUUUUUUAAUGUGAUCUUCACAUCUUAACAUUUUCAGUGAGAGUGUGAUUUUUUUCAGUCUUUCGCAGUGUGUAUUCUUUCUACUUGCCUGCUUCUGUCCGUUUUAUUUUUGUAUGGUUUGCGGAUUCCUGCGAGGUAAUGAUUUACUGCAGCGCAGAUCUUUAUAAUGGUACUUCAUAACCUGCAGUUAUUCCAGCAGGAGCGUUGUGACCGGCGCAGUUCUAAAGCAGCUGUAUUUUGUCGUUCUGUCAAGGCGUUUCAUGUGAAACUGUGACCACAAGGGAACCGAGCAGCUACGAUCACUCUCAAAGCUUUAUUGUAAAUCUUCGAUCACCAGUUUAACUCUGAAAUCACCUUGUUGUAGUUCUUUUGCGUCCUAGGUAAAACUGCAUAUCGACUUAUAAGGAAAAAAAAAGCUGUGCCCGCUUCUCUCUGUGCAAUGUAAGUGCCGUACUAAAUAUAUUUUUAUUAUGGGGAGGGAGGGGUGGGAUUGCUUGGUUUUCGGCACCAAAAUAAGAGAAUAAAUGACUUAUCACGAUGGGGCCGACUUGUAACGGUGGAAGCUAAUCUUUUUAAAGCAUUUUGUUUUCCAUACAUUAGUCACACACUGCUGUAUUCCAGUAUGUCUAGAUCCACACGUUUCAUAUAUCUGAUCCGGGUAUGUAUUCGUACAGCUCACCUUGUCUAGUUGCGCGCGGCCUGCGGAGGCUACUGUUUUUUUUGUUGUUUUUUUUGUGUUGUCAAGGCAUCUUACUUAAGUGCAGUUUCACCUGUCUGUGGCACUUGGGCUCCGCAUGAGAUAAUGACAGAUUUUUCCCUGGUUGACUUUUUACUGAUGUCCCAUGUUUUAAUGUAACAAUUUUUUUCACUGCUGAAGCAGCGUAGAAGGGAGUGUUAGCCUUCUCUUUAAAGAAGGGGAACAGCCUGUGCUUCCCCCAAAACAUUGAUAAACACAAGUUGUUUCUGUCUGCUGUCUAACAGAUACCUUAACGCUUCAGGUGCACUCUUUGCAAUGUUUAAUUCCAAAAUAAAGCUCCGUAUAUAAAACAGUCUCCAAAAAAUAUGCUGCAUGUCCAUUAGACACCAAAAACCUGGACUGUUCAAGUUUUUGAUAGUUGGGCUUUUGUGCACUCAAGUGAUUUAUAUUACCCCGCUUAAUCUGUAUGCUCCUACAUGCAGUGCAGUUUAGGCUCCUGGAAUAUCCUUGCUGUGAGUCGGACUUUUCAGGUAUUUGACAAAAAGAAAAUCAAUAAACAAUUCUACUCCUGCUUUUGUUUCCAGCAGAUGAUAAUGUUAAAUCUGUCAUCGGUAGAUUCCGGUUGCGUCUUAAUGACUGGGUAGCAGCCCGACCACAGACACCACCAGGUGUAUGGCUACCAAUGCCAACAUCUGUUAAUCCCACAAAUUUUAGGAGGCUGAACACGGGUUUGGUGAGGCGUAGGGCUUAUUAAUAAGCUUAUCUGUAACUGCCAUCAAUGAAGGAUUAAGUGUUCCAAUGUCUGACUUUUUUUUAUUUUUUUUAUUUUAAUUUAUACAACAAAUAAAGGAACGCUUUUUAAAUCGAAUCAUAGGAACCCUCUAGAUGUAUUAUAAGUAGGUGUAUUUUUGGAUUAAUUUUUUUUUCUUCUUCUUGUUUCACCAGGUGUUAUAUAAUUGUUAGCAGUUGGGCAUUUUACUGCAAUUUCCUGCAGUAUCACAUUUUUCAAAGGCUUUUUCUUUUCAGUUUCAUACAUAUGUAUCUUUGAACCCUAUUGUCUAUUCCCGCACCACAACCUGAUUUUUAGCUUUUAAACCAUUUUGAAUUAUUGCGGAAAAAAAUCCUGAUGUUUUUAAAGAGCCAGCUGGACAUAAAUAUUCUAACUUACAGCCUUUUUAUUUGCGUGUAAUGGUAAUUGAUCUGAAGCCACUUUCUGUAGAGUUUUUGCCUUUUGCAAUCAGGUUCAGGCCAUAGAACGCCUUCCCCCCCCAGCUGCCAUUUUGAAAUUGUGUCCUAGAACAGUGAUGACCAGCUCUAUGGCACCCCAUGUGUUGUGAGCUAAAUUUCCCAUGAUGCCAAGCUGCUUUAUGGGGAAUGUGUAGCUUGCAUCCUGGGGUACCACACGUUAGUCAAUCACGGUCUUAGAGAGUCGCAGUAUAGUCAUUAAAGAGGACCAUUUUUGUAUUGUUAUCUGACUAUAUAAGUCUCAUUUACUGUAUGUGCUAAAAUAUAUAAAUAUAUAUUCCUUUUGUUAUAGAUUUCUCCUAAAAGCAGGUCGAGCAAUAAAAAUGAUUUUAAUUCUUAAA